AGUAGAACGAUAAACAAGUGAGUCAAGUUCUAUUUUACCACAUGUCUCUUCAAUUGCGUAAUUUCCAAGCAUUAUUGCGGCCUCUUUCGAACAGACACAUACUUCCCCGUACCUUUUGCUACCCUCCUUCAGAAGCCAUCCGCACGCACACACGCACCAUGUCUGCCGAUUCCAAACCCAAGCAGGAGUGGAUUGCCAUCCUCCCCGACAAGGUCGGCGCACUGGACCGACGAAUGAGUGUUCGACAGGAGCAUUUUGCCGGAUUGAACCGGGAUGCGGAAAAGGGUCUCUGGAAGCUCGGCGGAGCAUUCCUUGAAGAUGUCCCGAAAGAGGGCGAGGGCUUGAAAAUUAAAGGAAGCGUGAUGGUUGCGCAGGCGGACACAAAAGAGGAGGUCCUUGAGGCCCUCAAGGCUGAUCCCUAUGCUAGAGCGGAUGUUUGGGACUGGGAUGCGGUUCAAAUAUACCCCUUCAAGAUUGGCGUUUUGAAGCCUUAGACAUAUAUAUAUGUAAUGAUAGAAAUGAGCUAUAUGCAGGAAAAUAGAGAGCCAUGGCCCCUUUAGGUUCAAUGACAAGAUUGUCAUAUCGCAUCA